UUGUCCCAGCAUAUCCACCCAGGUAGGGCCCCUGCAACAGGGCAAAAGCAUAGACUGUGCCUGCUUGAUUAUCCAUUCGACAAGACAUCGUCAUGCAAUACAAGGCAGGUUUGCCCAUCGAUUAGCGCCUUGAUUGUGGCGACAAUUCUACUACUCGAUACAUCCAUGGAUCGGUUCUGGGAAGCAUAUCAAAUUCAAGGCGGAAGAUGAAACGCUCUCGAUGUUGCCCUCUCUCCCAGCUCGAUGCUCGUCAACACCAAUAUAUCCCGUUCCUGGGGUGCAGAACCACUGUGAGGAAGUGCUUUGAAGCCUCUGAUGAGUGGAGAACUACGUCGGCUCACGCAGCCUUGGUUCUUAUCAUGCGUCUGACACAUGCUAGGAUGGGCCAGUUGCGAAAUCACGGAUCUCUUCGAUACACCACACUUAUCUUGUUGUUUCGAUGGUGCCCGUGCGGAGCUGGUCCCACCCCCGUGUCACUAGUUGGCAAGUUUCCAUCCUGAAACUUGGAGGUUCGACAACUUCAAGUUUGAAACUUGCACUCCAGUGUCUCCGAUCAACAUUUGUGUGUGUUAUUGGACAGGGUCCGAACAUGCCACACGUCCGACUGCACUGGUCCGAUUCCGUGAGGCACUGCUUUCCUUAGAGAACUCUAUUGAUGCUAGGGAGAUUGUCUCUGGCCGCGAAGGCGACUGUAUUGGCAGGACUAUUGUCCAUUCAAAGGACAGUACUUCCACCAUUCCGACGCUAAGGAGGCGGAUGCACUUCAGUUCUGUAACUUCCCAAAUGAACACCGGUUUGCCACGAUCGUUGAAAGGGCUUACUCAACGGUUGUCAGUUUUCUAACAUUUGGCUAGUGACUCCUCAGGAUACGGCUCAGCAAUACUCAGCCUCCAUUCAUUUGGUUAUGGUUCUACGCAUUGGUAAUUCAACAUGGCACGCAACAGAUGACACAGCUUCCGAUCAUGAGCACCCCUGCGUGACUUCUUCGAGUCUAUAUAAGGACACCAGUCUGUGAUCGUGGUUUCGCACCUAACAGGCAAAGGUGCAGGUUCACCUAGACACUUCACAUCCCACUCGACGUCUUCUCUCUUCACGACUACCUGCUGGUCAGGAAUCCACGACUUUUUACGACCACUACUAUAUACCUUCAUAAAGCACGCUCGAUUGAAUUCCAACCUUCGAAUUCUACCCGAACAUCACUAUGCAGAUCACUUCCGUCGUUGUUUUCGUCGCCCUUGUCGCCGGCAUCGCAGCCAACCCCCUUACCAAUGAUCCGAGCGGUCUUCCCACCGAAGGAGGAAAGGAGAUCGAGGCCAUGACAUCCGAGCUUUGCGGGGCGCCCGGUGGGCUGGCGGGUGAGCUCGGGCAGAGGCCAUCAAAGACGAUCAGCCAGCCCUCCACAGCCAACAGGAGGCGCGCGUUUAUGGAGGGUGAGAGAUUCGGCGAGCAAGCGAUGAAGAACGCGUUCAUCAAAGGCGUACUUUUCGGUGAGCUGGAGGAGACCGAGAGAUUAGCGUCCGAUCGUCUGCGCGAAAUCGAGGAAUUGGAAGGAUACCGUGGUCAUCGAUACCACGGCCAUCAUCACGGUCAUCACAGGCGGCACGGCCACCACCACCACGGUCACCAUGGGCGGCUCGGGCAUUUCCGACACCAUCAUCGGGGUGGUAUCCACCGUCGGCUGAGGCA